AUAUAGCUUCGGACAUUGUCUCAAAGGUGCCUAGUCGCUCUUGGACCGUGUCACUGUGUAUAUCAGCUCGUAUCUUAAAUUUAAAUUAAACUCCGUCUAGUCAACAGCAUUCUCUUGCUCAGUUAAAUCAGUGUCAAAGUGAUUCGUUUCUGUAGAAUAUUAAUAAAUAAUUACAAAAUGUGUUCCCUAAAUAGUGUAAUUGUUGCCAUUAUUUUGAUAAGUGUGGCGAUGGCUAAGCAACUUCAAACUCAAGAUGCUAUAGGUUUUCCUGAGGUGGAAGAGGAUCAGAACUCUGUUAACAAAGACGAAUUGCGAGCUUGAAGCUAUUAUCAAAAUAAUCACCAACACCUCAUUCACAUCAACGACGAAUCAUAUCCAAUUAAUCAUCCUAAUCUCCUGACGAAACUGAAGACCUUUAGCAAAGGGUCGGUGUUGAAGAAUCACAGGAAUUGUGACACUUAACCCUCGCUUGGCUUCUACUAAAUGCUUCUCCUGCAGCACCGGCAGCCUGUGUACAUCCCCUCGAUGUGUCCUGACAGCGAGUUGUACUACCCAGGGGACCAGAAAGAUGACUGGAUUUGCGAUUGCAGACCAGCAUUUUUAUAUCACCCCAAAUCGGACGCUUGCUGGCCAGCUUAUAGAAAAGGCCCGUGCCAGGAUGGAGAGUACCUCGUGCUGAAACCUGAGUCCGCCAUCCCUGUGUGUGAGAAGAACCCCUGCUCCGUUGAUACUUAUGUGCUGUACAAUGGAAGGUGUGAGCAGCUGGCCACCAUCGCGCCCUGCAGACACAUGUGGCCCAUCCCGGCCGCGCUCGCCGUCAACGCCACCAACCUAGCUGUUGCCUGCGAGAGGCUCAACUUAGAGUCCAGGUUUGGGGAAGAGACCAGCGCAAUAGUAGUCAUACCAUGCCCGCCAGGCUGCAAAAGAAGUAUUAACGGCAAAUGUACUCCUGUAGUAGGAUAAUUAAGUUUAUUGAUUAUGUUUAAUAUUAAUUAUCGUAUUUAUGAUUGUUACCUAAAAUUUUAUGACUAUAAAUAGCUUUUGUACCUAA